UCAAUUCUUCCAGCCCACUACCAAAUCACUUCUACCAUUCUUAUCGUCCGCCUAGCCGCCAUUGACAUCAACAUGCACCAAGCACCGUCAACUUUUACGAACUGUCGUCUCCCCUCUAGUUCAAACUUACUAACUACCAUCCAUUUACUGACAUGAUAAUUAUUUCUAGUAUUGUUAAUAUCUUAACCCAUUUUAGUUUUUGCUAAAUAGUUAAUUGAAAGAACCUGACAUACCAUCGUUUAAUGUUUGAAGUUUGAGUUAUUGCAUCCCACAAUCUUUGUAAUAUCUUUAGAAAUACAUCGUAGUUCAAGAUUAGGACAAAAGACGGGCGUGCCGGUCGCCUCGAAACGAUGCUGGCAGUGUCCCCAAGCUCGUACCUGCUUGUUUCGUCUCAUACAUAACUCCAUCAAUCUGCACCUCACCGACUCCCAUUUACAUAGCGACGGGAGGCUUUCUUCAUUGCAAUGUAUGGGGUGCUGCCAUUCUCUUAUCAGCCACCGCCGGAGCUGAUUCCACUACGGCGAGUCUAUGUCGAUGUCUUGAGCUACGUACCAGUCCGCCGUUUUCACCAUUGCUUGGAUUCUUCUAUGCGAAGGUCAUGCAAAUCACUACGACCUCCUCUUAACGUAUUUCCUCACUUUCUUAAACCCGCAAAACUCUUCCGAGGUUAUUCCUCUCCUUGUAAUGGAACUAGAAUCAAACCUGCUCUCGUUCAUUCUCCUUUGCUGGCUGGUGACGGCUACGGUUGUGAUGGAAAUAACAAUGGUGGCUGGAAUAAUUCGAAUCCUUUUGGGGGUUUUGGAUGGUGGCAGUAUGACAGUGAUUCUCCCCCAUGGUCGGACAAUGCCUUCCUUGCCCUCUUUUUUACCUCCGUUCUGGGUUGUUUCUGCCUUUUUCAAUUGGCAGUAGCGCUAGCACGUAACGAUAUGAAAACCGAGUCUAUUUGGGAAGUAAAAGGAGGUAAGCGAAUCCGCCUCAUUCUCGAUACGUAUAGAGAUGAGUUCCAUGUUGCAACUGGCAUGCCGUCGUCUUCGUUAUCCUUUUCCUUUGUCAACGUUUGGCUUCGUUGCAGCGAUAUAUUCAAGCGUUUGAUGCUUCCGGAGGGUUUUCCAGACAGUGUCACCAGCGACUAUCUGGAAUAUUCUCUUUGGCGAGGCGUCCAGGGGAUUGCCAGCCAAGUUAGUGGGGUGCUUGCAACUCAGGCACUGCUUUAUGCUGUUGGAUUGGGGAAAGGAGCUAUUCCGACUGCUGCUGCAGUGAAUUGGGUACUGAAAGAUGGAUUUGGAUAUCUAAGUAAAAUUUUUCUCUCAAAAUAUGGACGGCACUUUGAUGUUCAUCCGAAGGGAUGGAGAUUGUUCGCUGAUCUUCUGGAAAACGCUGCCUAUGGAAUGGAAAUGUUAACUCCCGCAUUUCCCCUCCAUUUUGUCGUGAUCGGUGCUGCUGCUGGAGCCGGACGAUCUGCAGCUGCGCUGAUUCAGGCUGCUACUAGGAGUUGUUUCUAUGCUGGCUUUGCUGCUCAAAGGAAUUUUGCCGAGGUGAUUGCCAAAGGUGAAGCACAAGGAAUGGUGAGCAAGUCUAUUGGUAUGAUGCUUGGCAUUACAUUGGCCAAUCAUAUAAGGUCCUCAACAUCACUUGCUCUUGGGUGCUUUAGCAUAGUGACCUUAAUCCACAUGUUCUCCAAUCUAAAAUCAUACAAGUCCAUUCAACUAAGGACAUUAAAUCCUUAUCGUGCAAGUUUGGUCUUCAGUGAAUAUCUGUUUAGUGGUGAGGUGCCUUCGAUUAAAGAAGUGAACAAUGAAGAACCUCUUUUUCCGGCUGUACCACUCCUUAAUACAAGGCUUGGUUGUGAUGAGCCAAAAUUGGGCUUACUAUCUGCUGAAGCAAAGGAAUCAGCAGCUAAUAUUGACCAGCGACUGCAAUUGGGUUCGAAGCUCAGUGAUGUGGCCACCUGUGAGGCGGAUGUUCUUGAACUCUUAAGUCUGUUUAAUAAAGAAAAUUAUAUUCUAUCAGAGCACAGGGGAAAAUAUUGUAAUGACAUACAGAAAAACAAGGAAGUGGAGACUACCAAGCGAGAUCCAGAACGUAGAGAGACGUCCAAUCAGGCGUCAUCAUCUAAUCUGUUGCCUCUCUUUUAACCUAGCAUAGCCCCUACCGCCACAUCACUUGCUUCACACUUCAGUUUGAAGCGUUGCGACCAAUCGGGUGUAAUGAAGGAUAGGCUCUGAGGUCAAGUUCGAAACAUCUGGUUGCAUUUACCAUCAAAUAUAUAGGGUUGGUUGGCGCUUAACAGGUUGCUCAAUGGCUUAGCGCUAGAAGGAACCUCUCAUGAAUCUUUUGUAAAAGCUGGCAUGUUCCAAAAAUCUUCAUAGCAGUUUUCUCACCACAUCAACCUUCGUAGAAUCUACUUCUAAGCCUACCUUGGAGAGCUUGUGCCCUAGCACAAUCCCCUCGAUUACCAUGAAAUGACAUUUUUCCCAGUUGUGUACUAGGCAUAUCUCCUCGCAUCACUUCAACACCUUUUCCAAGCUGUUCAGACAUUCGAUAUAUGAGUUUCCAAAGAUUGAGAAGCCACCCAUAAAAAUUUCUAUUGAUCACUCCAGAAAGUCUAAGAAUAUUGAUGCACCUCUGAAAUGUCCUUGGCAACUAACACAACUCAAAAGGCAUGCAACAAAAAACAAGCGUGUCGUAAGGACAAGUAAAUGUGGUUUUGUGCUGAUCUUCCAGUGCAAUAGUUAUCUGGUUAUACCCAUAAUAGUCAUUCAGAAAACAAUAAUACUUGUUGUCUGCAAGUCGGUCCAGCAUUUGAUCAAUAAAAGACAAGAGAAAGUGGUCCUUCUUUAUUGCCACUUUCUGCUUGUGUUAAUCCAUAUAAAUCCAUCAUCUCGUCACUGUUCUUGUUGGGAUUAAUUCACUACCCAUCGUUGCGGUCUUUAAUUGAUUAUUUGUUGGCGGGUUGGGUAGCUUAGAUGUGAUUUGUUUCUUCCAUUAUAUGCAUUUGAGGCUUUUUUUUUAAUCUU